GAUCAUUCGAUAAAAGGGAAGACAAACUCGAGUUAUCAACAGAAGAUUUGGAAGUGGCAAACUAGUGUGUUCAAAAUUAUUUUUUGUCAUGAUGAAAUUUCUGGUUCUUUGCGCGUUAGUUGCGCUAUGCGCAGCAGCCCCUCAGUAUAAACCUUUCAAAUAUAACAAAACUCCCCAAAUCGUUCAAUAUAGACCAGCUAACUCCAACCCGGCUAGCAAUGAUGAAGGACAGUACCGUCCCGAUGAUAGUGGAGCUUAUGUACAUAUUGACAAUCCUUACAACUACAAAAAUAUUGCCAGUGGCGCAUACGUAUCUGACAAUUCCGGUGCAUACAAUGAUGAUGGCCAAUAUCAUCCUGACAACAGUGGUGCCUACAUUCCCGACGGCUCGGGACGUUACGAGCAUUCAGACGAAGGUUACCAACACCAAGGUGCAGACUACAAUCCUUACGUUGGAAAUGUCAACAGAGGAGCCAUAGUAGCAUCGCCAUCACCAGUAUCUAUCUACAAACCAGUCACUGCCGCUCCAUCGUUGGUAGCCAAGGGAAAUUCUGCAGGAAACAAAGACUACAACAAAUAUGGCAUAAUCAGGAAAAUCGAACAAGUUUUGGAAGACGGUUAUCAUUACAUAUACGAAACUGAAAAUGGAAUAUUAGGAGAGGAAGAAGGUCAUCUGGCUAACAAAGGACAAGAAGGAGAGUAUAUGGACGUUAAAGGAUUUUACAGAUAUAUCGGACCCGACAAUGUCGAAUACAAAGUUGAAUACACAGUGGAUCCCGAAAAUGGUUUCGUCCCCAGAGGUGCUCAUAUUCCACAACUACCACAACCAUCUGCCUAAGGUUGAGAUCACUGUCAUUCCAGAACAUCCUGAAAUCAUUAGUACAAAUAUUGAGUAUCGUAUUUUCUCUACACAUUGAUGUCACUUUUUUCCACUCCAUCAUGUAAAUAAAUAAUAGAAAUCA